AUGAUGAGAGAUUUCGAGCGAUUCAAAAGGGGCAUGAAACCAUAUUGGAGGGAAGCUGAUCAUUCCGUAAUGCAUGUCGGAGAGGAAGUUCAUCCUGACGAGAGCUUAUCGUCGAGGGAAAACAGGAUCGUAAAGACGAACACAAUUCCAUGGAAAGGCAGGUCAUUCGUUCGCAAGUGGACGGUUCCGGAUGAUGUCAAUCUGGACGCAAUUUAUUCAAAGCUCAACGUCGUCGGCCACUUGUCCGUCGAGGCUCCAAAGAGAGCAGUGGAGAUUCCACCGAGCAGAACAAUUCCAAUCAUGCCGAGCACUGCCCCCAGUAACUAA